AUGAGCCCAAAGGCACCCUCCAAAUUCACAAAGAACACAAAAGUAGCAGCAGCAACAGAUGGUCCUUUAAGUGCAGGAAAAAUUAAAAAAAAGAUCCGAGAUACACAACGAGCAUUAAGACGUCCUAAUAUAGAGGCACAAGUUGUUAUUGAAUUAAAAAGACGAUUACGUGCACUUCAAUUUGAUUUGGGUGAACGUAUUGUUGAUGAAUAUGAACGCAAACAUGCCACAAAAUAUCACAAAAUAAAGCAUUUCGAACGUAAAAAGACACAAAGAAAGAUUACACAGACACGUAAAGCACUCGAGACAGAAACAGAUGCAGAAAAGAAACAAAAACUUCAACAAACAUUAGAGGAAUGGCAAAUAAAACUACUCUAUGUACAAAAAUACCCAAAGACGAUGCCAUAUGUAUCACUUUAUCCUAAAGAAAAUACAGAUGAUGUUAAAGCCGUGGAACGUAAACAAAAAUUAUUGGAAGAUAUUAGGGAUGCCUUAAAAAGUGGAGAUGAGGAUUUGAAUAUGAUGUCAAAAAAAUAUCGUAAUGAAUAUAAAGAUGAAUUGAUUAAAAAGGGUAAAAUUGAACCCGUUGAUUCCGUAGAUGUUGAAGAGCUUCAAACAGAGAAUACUGACAAUGCGAAGAAUGAAGAUGGGGAUGAAUUUUUUGAAUAA